AUGAGGAGCCACACGCGAGUCACUAACUUCAUCCUACUGGGGCUCACGGCCAACUCGAAUUUACAUGCGAUGAUUCCCCUCUACAUGUCUGUCUCCUAUACACAGAGUGUCACCGGCAACCUGACCAUAGUCACCUUCACCAUGAUGGACCUCCGCCUCCACACCCCCAUAUUUCUGGCCACCAUUGUCACCCGGGACAGGACCAUUUCCUACAACUGUUGUGCAACUCAGUUAUUUUUCUUCAUCCUGCUGGGGGCGACUGAGUUCUUCCUCCUGGCCGCCUUGUCUUACGACCGUUAUGUCACCCUCUGCCGGUCGCUGCACUACACAACUGUCACGAGCCAAAGAGUCUGCACCCUGCUGGUCCUUUGCUCCUGUCUGACUGGGUUCAUGGUCAUCUUUCCUCUGGUUAUCCUUGGUCUCCAACUGUACUUCUGUGGCCCUGUAACCAUUGACCACGUUUUCUGUGACACCUCUCCUCUGCUCCUGCUCUCGUGCUCAGACACCUGGUUCCUGCAUCUGAUGGCUCUUAGGAGAAAGGUCUUUUCCACCUGCUCCUGCCACAUAGUCGUGAUCUCCAUCAUAUACGGCAGCUGCAUCUUUAUGUAUACCAAACCGUCUGCCAAGGAAAGUGUGGAACUGACCAAGGGGGUGGCAGUGUUCAACACGUCCUUGGCCCCCAUACUGAACCCAUUUAUCUAUACCCUGCGCAAUCAGCAGGUUAAGCAGGCCUGA